GUCCAGCGGGUGCUGUGAUCUUCAAGUAUGGGGUCUGCUGGCUUGUCGCGGCUGCAUGGGCUUUUCGCGGUCUAUAAGCCCCCGGGGCUAAAAUGGAAGCACCUGCGGGAUACAGUGGAGCUACAACUUCUGAAGGGUCUCAAUGCCAGGAAGCCUCCCGCUCCUAAACAGCGUGUUCGCUUCUUGCUGGGCCCCAUGGAAGGCAGCGAAGAGAAGGAGCUGACCCUCACAGCCACCAGCGUACCCUCUUUCAUCAACCAUCCACUGGUAUGUGGACCAGCAUUCACCCAUCUCAAGGUUGGCGUGGGACAUCGGUUGGAUGCCCAGGCUUCUGGAGUACUUGUGCUCGGCGUGGGACAUGGAUGCAGGCUCCUCACCGAUAUGUACAAUGCUCAUCUUACCAAGGAUUACACAGUGCGUGGCCUCCUGGGCAAAGCUACAGAUGACUUCCGUGAGGACGGGAGGCUGGUAGAGAAGACAACCUAUGACCACGUGACCAGAGAGAAGCUGGACCGCAUUCUGGCCGUUAUCCAAGGCUCCCAUCAGAAGGCCCUGGUGAUGUACUCCAACCUCGACCUGAAGACCCAGGAGGCCUAUGAGAUGGCCGUAAGAGGCCUGAUCCGGCCCAUGAACAAGUCCCCGAUGCUGAUAACUGGCAUCCGAUGCCUCUACUUUGCACCUCCGGAAUUCCUCUUAGAGGUGCAGUGCAUGCAUGAGACGCAGAAAGAGCUGCGGAAGUUGGUUCAUGAAAUUGGCCUGGAGCUAAAGACCACUGCUGUCUGCUCCCAAGUGCGGCGCACGCGCGACGGCUUCUUCACGCUAGACAGUGCCCUCCUGAGGACCCAGUGGGACCUAACCAACAUCCAGGAUGCUAUCCGGGCUGCUGCCCCUCAGGUAGCUGCAGAGCUGGAGAAGAGCUUGAGCCCGGGGCUGGACACCAAGCAGCUCCCCAGUCCGGGAUGGUCCUGGGACUCCCAGGGCCUGAGCUCUACCUUGGGGCUGCAGAGGGGUGCGGGGCAGUGAAUGCCCAGGCAGCUCCUGGGGCAGUGGAUGGAUAAAUAGAAGAACUGCUAUGAGCUGGACCUGAUAGCUGUGCAGAAAGUGAGAGCAGGGGCACCUUUUCUACGUGUGACACAAAACUCAAGCUGUAACAGAAAGAUCAAUGGACUUGACCCAACUGAGAAGGAAAAACUUCUGUAUGGAGGAAAAGACAGUAAACAUGACAGACUGAUAGAAAGUAUUGGAAGACCAGGCGUGGUGGCGGGCACGUGUAAUCCCAGCUACUCCCAAGGCUGAGGCAGGAGAAUUGCUUGAGCCCAGGAGUUUAAGGUUGUAGUGUGCUAGACGGCACCUGUGAAUAGCCACUGCACUCUAGUCUGGGGAACAUAUGAGACCCCUGCCAUCUCAAAAAAAAAAAAAAAAAAAAAAAAUUCCCAAUAAACUAUGUGCCCACGAAAAUUAAAAAUUAAAAAAAUUAUAAGUAUUUGCAGUGUCAUUAACCAAGGACUAAUAUCCACAGUAUACAGAGAGCCCUUAGAAAGCAAUAAGACAACGACAAAAUUAGGCAAAUGAGAUGAAGUGUGUAUCAGAAGAAAUCCAAAUGGCUAGUAAGCCAGAAAUGACACUCAACCUCCUUAAUACUGGAAGACAUACAUGAAAAUGAGAUGAUUUUUGUUGUUUUUCUGUUGUUGCCCAGGCUGGAGUGCAGUGGCGCGAUCUUUGCUCACUGCAGCCUCCCCUCCCAGGUUCAAGUGAUUCUCCUGCCUCAGCCUCCCAAGUAGCUGGGGUCACAGGCGCCCGCCACCACACCUGGCUAAUUUUUUGUAUCCGAGAUGAGGUUUCACCAUGUUGGCCUGGCUCAGCCUCCCAAAGUGCUGGGAUUACAGGCGUGAGCCACUGCACCUGGCCGGGACCUCAGUCUUUUAAAGGUCUUCAGUUUAUUGAAUGAGCUCCGCCCACAAUUGUGGUGGAUAAUCAGCGUGACUCAAAGUCUACCCAUUGACUGAUUGAAAUGUUAAUUGUUUUUUUGUUUUUGUUUUUGAGACUUGCUUUGUGGCCCAGGCUGGAGUGCAGUGGUGCGAUCUAGGCUCACUGCAACCUCCGCUUCCCAGGUUCACGCCAUUCUCCUGCCUCAGCCUCCCGAGUAGCUGGGACUACAGGUGCCCACUACCACGCCCAGCUAAUUUUUUUGUAUUUUUAGUAGAGAUGGUGUUGCACCGUGUUAGCCAGGAUGGUCUCAAUCUCCUGACCUCGUGAUCCACCUGGCUUGGACUCCCAAAGUACUGGGAUUACAGCCGUGAGCCACCACACCCGGCCUGUUUUGGUUUUUUUUUUUCUGAGACGGAGUCUCACUCCGUCAUCCAGGUUGGAGUGCAGUGGCACAAUCUCAGCUCACUGCAACCUCUGCCUCCCAGGUUCAGGCGAUUCUCCUGCCUCAGCUUCUCAAGUAGCUGGGAUUACAGGUGUGUACCACCAUGCCUGGCUAAUUUUUGUAUUUUUAGUAGAGACAGGGUUUCACCAUGUUGGCCAGGCUGGUCUGGAACUCCUGACCUCAGGUGAUCCGCCCACCUCAGCCUCCCAAAGCGCUGGGAUUACGCCAACCUCGGCCUCCCAAAGCGCUGGGAUGACAGGCAUGAGCCACCACACCCGGCCUGUUUUUGUUUUUUAGACAGGGUCUUGCUCUGUCACCCAGGCUGGAGUGCAGUGAUGCAAACAUGACUCACUGCAGCUUUGUCCUCUCAGGCUUAACCAUCUUCCCACCUCAGCUCCCAGAAUAGCUGGGACUGCAGGCGUGCACACAGUAUCUGGCUAAUUUAUUUAUUUAUUUUAUUUUAUUUUUGAGACAGGGCCUCGCACUGUCGCCCAGGCUGGAGUGCAGUGGCGCGGUUUCGACUCAUUGCAGCCUCGACCUCCUGGGUCAAGCGAUUCUUCCUGCCUUAGUCUCCGGAGUUGCUGGGAUUACCGGUGUGCACCACCAAGCCUGGCUAAUUUUUGCAUUUUUAGUAGAGACAGGGUUUCACCAUGUUGGCCAGGCUGGUCUCGAACUCCUGACCUGAGGUGAUCCGCCUACCUCGGCCUUCCAAAGUACUGGGAAUAUAGGCAUGAGCCACUGUGCCCGGCCUGUUUUUUUUUAGACAGAGUCUUGCUCUGUCACCCAGGCUGGAGUGCAAUGGCACAAUCUUGGCUCACUGCAACCUCCGCCUCCCAGGGUCAAGUGAUUCUCCUGCCUCAGCCACCCAAGUAGCUGGGAUUAUAGGCGUUCACCACCACGCCCAGCUAAUUUUUGUAUUUUUAGUAGAGAUGGGGUUUCACCAUGUUGGACAUGCUGUUCUCAAAGUCCUGACCUCAGGUGAUCUGCCCGCUUCAGCCUCCCAAAGUGCUGGGAUUACAGGCGUGAGCCACCAUACCUGGCCCACCUGAGAUCAGGAGUUCAAGACCAGCCUGGCCAACAUAGUGAAACCCUGUCUCUACUAAAAAUACAAAAUUAGCCGGGCGUGCUUGCACGUGCCUGUAGUCCUGGCUACCCGGGAGGCUGAUGCAGAAUAACUGGAACUCAGGAGGCGGAGUUUGCAGUGAGUGGAGAUUGCGCCACUGCACUCCAGCCUGGGUGACAGAAUGAGACUCUGUCUCAAAAAAAAAAAAAAAAAAAAAAGAACAGAACAAAAUCAGCAAUAUUUAGACAAGCAGAAUCCAACGAAAUGGUGAGGAAAGCUGGGUGGGAGUGGAGGGUAUCAGCAAAACUCAGUUCUUUGGAAAAAUUAGGUAACUUGAACGUAGGGCACAUGGGCUGUCACACCACCCCAUUUAGAGUCCUUAUUGGCAUAGAGAUGAUAAAAGUGGACUCUGUGAUGGCCUCUCAUGAUCUCAGGAUAGCAGGAUAGGGGAACUCUGAGUCAUGGCCAAAAUAUUUGGUCAAUGCACAGCCUCUGACAGCUGGGAAUACCACCCCAAAUCACUUGGAUAAGGAGAUGUUUUCCUUAUCCUGUGUCUUUAACUCUGAGAAGGAUGGAGUUGAACAAUCAACGAUUGUUAAAAAUGUACCAAAUGUGUAAGCAUCAUGAGGUGUUUAAGCUGAGCUUUUAAAUUAAAAUUCUGCUGGGCGUGGCGGCUCAUGCCUGUAAUCCCAGCACUUUGCGAUCCCCACACAGGAGGAUUGCUUGAGCCCAGAAGUUUGAGACCAGCCUGGGCAACACAAGGAGACCCUGUCUCUACAAAAAACAAACAAACAAACAAAAAGCCGAGGGUGUUGGUGUGUGCCUGUAGUCCCAGCUACUAGGGAGGCUGAGAUGGGAGGAUCACUUGAACCUAGCAAGUCAAGGCGGCAGUAAAUGGAGAUCUGUACUCCAGCCUGGGCAACAGAGUGAGACCCUAUGUCAGAAAAAAAGAAAAAGCCACCCAGCAGGCUGAGCGUGGUGGCUCACGCCUGUAAUCCCUGCACUUUGGGAAGCCAAAGCAGGUGGAUCACUUGAGGUCAGGAGUUCGAGACCAGCCUGGCCAACAUGGUGAAACCCUGUCUCUACCAAGAAUACAAAAAUUAGCUGGGCAUGGUGGCGCUUGUCUGUAGUCCAGCUACAGCUACUCCAGAUCUGGGCUGAGGUGGGAGAAUCAUUUGAACCCAGGAGGUGGAGGUUGCAGUGAGCUGAAAUCACACGACUGUACUCUAGCCUGGGUGACAGGGUGAGACCCUAUCUCAAAACAAACAAAAACCCCACCAGCAACCUUGCUGACAAAUCCACAGGCCCCCACGUCUGCCAAUUGCCUGCCUGUAUGAACUGGGCACCUGGGGGAGGGGCGUGGCCCCCAGGCUACUCAUCUUGGCUUUCGCAGCCGAAGGGCCUGGGUGGAACCUCAGCUUACUGUGUUUACUGACUGGGUAAUGUGGCCUCUGAAGCUGUCACCUAUCUAUAAAAUGGGGAUUAAAACGACA